AACGACUACCUGUAGUCUACCCGUUCAUACGUAUGGGAAUUGUACACCGACUGACCAGGCCAGGACUGAGAAGCAGGGGCAGAUUCGAACAGAGUAAAUUUGGUUUGAACUAAUUCUGUUAUCUCUCUUGUCGGGUUCCCCUUCUUCUUCAUUUUGUCUCCAGUUUUAGCACUUUCAAGCUCUUCGACAAUGGUGGAUGUUCAAACUGUUUGUUGCAUGUGCGGCGACGUUGGUUUCCCUGACAAGCUCUUUCGUUGUAACAAAUGCCGCAAUCGCUUUCAACAUUCGUAUUGCAGUAACUACUCCAGCGAAUAUGCUGAAUCAAUAGAGAUGUGUGAUUGGUGCCACACUGAACAAAGAUGCUCAAGGCAUGGCAGCUCUUCCAAGAAAUCUUCCAGCGUAUAUGCAACGGGCAUCUCAAGCCGAUCCGAAUAUUCGGGUGAGAAAAUCAAGCAACAAGAUCGUGAAGCGAGCGCCGACAAGGGAAAGAAUCCGAGUGGUACGCCUUCUCCACGGUCUACAACGCGCAGGUACAAGCUUCUCAAGGAUGUCAUGUGUUAAAAUGACAACAGUUUCGUGUUCAUAGUAUAAUUUGCUUUCAUGUUAAGCGUUUUUGUUAGUUUGUGUUGUGGUUUUUGGCAAGUUGUGAAUAAAAUAAUGUAACUUUUAUCAA